AAAAAAUUCUGUGCGAAAAAUAUGAAAAAAAUAUUAAAAAUUUAAAAUUGAUUAGAAAAUUUUUACCCGAUUGUAUUUUUCGAUCAAUAUGUUGGCUAUUGACUAGAUUAUGGGCAUCGACAAAUAAAAUUGAUAUACAGCUUGAUAUGAAUAAAUGGCGAAAUGUGAAACCGUUACGUAUACAACAAUCAAUAACAUUGGAAGAUCGUUUGAAAAUUAUCAGAAUAUUGUAUAAAGCUGAUAUUAUCGUGUUUUAUAUACAUAUUUUAUUCUUUCCAUUGUGUUUUGCGAUUGGCCAUGAUUAUUAUCAUUAUAAUGUUAAUUCAUUCGGAAAAGAAUUCAAUUUUCAUAUAUUCAUAUUGAUAGAUGCAAUCUUAUAUACGAAUAUGGCAUACAGUGCUAUACAAUGUGGAAUAUUUUUUACAUUACUCGGUUCUAUUAAUUCAGCAUCACAAAGUAAUAUAGUGGAAAGAUUAAAUUUGAAAUUAUCUAAAAUUUCAAUUAAUUGUCAACGAAUCAAUAAACAAUUUAUGCACCAUUUACAGAUUAUAUCGAUUGUAUCGAUAAAAUUACGACAACAUUUGAAUAUGAUUCAUUAUGAACAUGGUCUAGCGUGUAAUGUUUAUAUUUAUUUAUAUAAUCAAUUAUUAUGGGCAAAUGUAUUGCUUGGUUUUAUACUAAUCAGUAUUCCAUUUAAUAUAAUCUGUGUAUCGGCAUUACUUGUCAAAGAUUUGAUUUGGUUACAAGUUUUAAUGACAUAUACAGCAAUUACUAUACAUUCGAUUCUUAUUUUAGGUUUACUAUUUCGAUUGGCUAAACAGAAUGUAAUAUUACAUAAAGCUAAAUAUUAUCUAAUACCAAUUAUACAAGCAAUUAAUUGUAUCAAAUUUCAAAAUGAUCAACGAAUCAUCAAAUCGAAUAAAACAACAACAACAACAACAACAAUUGAUUUGAAUACAUUUCGUUUAAAGCUAAAGAUUGAACAACAAUAUCAACGUUUAACUUGGGGACCAAAAUAUGGCCCAUUCGUUGCUAUUAUGGGAACCGUAACAUAUGCAUUUAUAUUUAAUCUUGCACUCACAUAUGUUGCUAUAUUCAUUUUUAUUUUAACUCAUUUUGUCUAAAUUGGUGCGUGUUAUAUUCGUAUUAUAUCGAUUGGUUUGAUCGACUUAUUGAUUAUUGAUUGAUUGAUUGAAUAUCCAGAGUAAAUAAAAAUUAUUU